GAGGGUGGAGCUCAGCUCACCGCAGCAGCAGCAGCAGCAGCAGCUCUCUGGGAACAUUUCUCUCUACACAUACUUGGCUCUUGUCUUGCUGCAUCGCUGAGUCGAACCACACUUUCUUCUCCCACACACCGGGUCUGCACUUGUUUACUUUGGGAACUGGUUUAUACCCCGAACAUUCACGGUAAAGGGCUCCGUGCCGAGAAGAAGAUGAUGGCUCCGGACCCGCUGCGCUCAGCGAUGACUCUCAGGACCGCGGAGGACACGUCGCUGGCGGUGCCCUCCGACAACAAGCUGCACUCCGGACCGCAGAGAGUCCUGGAUCAGGUUCACACCAUCAAGAGGAGCAAGUCCAAACCCGGGAAGACCAACAACGGCUCAUCUUCACCCUCACCCACAGGCGUGUCUCCCCAGACUUUGACAACGCACGAGUUUGGAGGGUUCAAGUUUUCUCCAUCCAAAGCAAAUGGCACCUUCAGAAGCACCAACUCCUCCUCUACGUCAACAGGCUUCAGCAGAGGGGUAAAGAAGGAAUGGCGCUCUGUAUCCACUAAAACCACGGGAGGAAGAAAUGUCAGCACGUCGGGCAUGUGGGAUAAGCGACGCAACACUUCCACCUGGGGUGCCAACGGGAUGAAAUCCGCUCGCAGUGACCCUGCCUUGGUUCGCCAAUUUCCUGCUGCUCCUGUACCUGCACCUUCUAUGAUGGCCAAAGGACAGGUCCAGAGCCAGAACAGCCUCGUGGCUCGAGCAAAUAGAAACAGCACCAUUUCUAUGACCAACAGCACUCUGGUGACCCACAAUCAGACGCGCAUCAUCCAGCCGCCCUCUGCCCAGCUUCGCUCCGAGGGCAGGAUGGGCACCAUGAAAAUAUCCAAGACAGAGCAGCAUGCAGUGGGGAGCAACGCGGUGAACAUGUCAGACAUGACCCUGAAGGGGGCUGUAGAGUUCCUGUCUCACCCUGAAGAGAAUUACCAGCAGUGUGGAGCCACCUUCAUCCACCACACCACCUUCAAAGAGGAGCGCACCAAACAGGAGGUUUUCCAACUAGGAGGUAUCCCCGGUCUUGUGGCCCUGCUGCGGAGCCCCAACCCUGGGGUGAGCCAGGCUUCUGCCGGGGCUCUGAGGAACCUGGUGUUCAAAGACCAGGACAACAAGCUGGAAGUUCAGCACUGUGAAGGUAUCGCUAAGUCCCUGCAGCUUCUAAAGGAGACCGAUUCUACUGAGACCCAGAAACAAAUCACUGGCCUGCUAUGGAACCUGUCCUCCGCCGAUGAGCUGAAGGGAGAACUUAUCGCCACAGCUUUGCCCGCCCUGACUGAGAACGUGGUGGUGCCAUUCACCUGCUGGUCAGACGACAGCGCCAACAACAACAUACACCCUGAUGUCUUCUACAGUGCCACAGGGUGCCUGCGGAACCUGAGCUGCUCCCAACAGAAGGAGAGGAAGGCAAUGAGGGAGUGCCGGGGUCUCAUUGACUCACUCAUGAUUUACGUUCAGUCUUGUGUGGCGGAGGACAACCCUGAUGACAAGUCUGUGGAGAACUGUGCAUGCAUCCUCCAUAACUUGACCUACCAACUGGAGGAAGAGUCCCCUGAGAGCUUCGGCAAGUUCAUACCUCCGCCAGAGGCCCAAACUGGGAGUAAGAAAAGCCCCACCGUUGGAUGCUUCAGCCCCAGGAGCAGCAAGGCUCAAAAUGAGUUUUCAUUUGACGCGGUUCGGGGAAUGCUGGAUGAUGGAACCCCAUCGGGCGCGAAGUGGUUGUGCCAUCCCAAAGCUAUGCAGACCUACCUUUCUCUGCUGGGCUCGUCCCAGAAAGACGCCACCCUGGAAGCCUGCUGUGGUGCCCUGCAGAACCUCACUGCCAAAACGGGAAAGGCGUCCAAUAUCAUGAGUCAGAUUCUGGUUCAAAAGCUGGGAGCUAUGAUGCACAUACCCGCUCUUUUAAAGUCUCCUAACCGGGGCCUGCAGAAGACCGCCAUGUCCCUGCUGGGUAACAUGUCUCGGACCCACAGUUUGCAGAGCUCCAUGGCAAAGCAGAUUCUGCCAGAGCUCGCCGGCCUCGUCACCUCUGGCCCCAAAGAGAUGGGAAACUCUGACGAAACUAUAGCAACAGCCUGCAACACAGUACGGAGUCUGAUGUUGGCAGACACUGAUGUCAGCAAGAAGGUCAUCAAUAAUGAGCUGGUGUCAUCGGUGGCUGACCUUAGCGAGAACGGGUCUUUCCCUAAAGGCAGCAAAGCAGCUUCCCUGCUGCUCUACAGCUUAUGGAACGAGAAGAAUUUCCAAGGUGUUUUUAAAAAGCUGGGACUGGGCAAAUCACUUUUUGUCAAUGAGAACACCACAGCAGCGCACAGGUCGACUCAAGUCAUCGAGUGAUGGACGAGUGGAGCGGCACCACGGAGCCUGAGAGAUGGAAACCAGCGUGUUCAGACAGUGCUGUGGCCACACCCUUGCAACAGGGAGAGUAAAAUUACGUUCUUCACAUAACCUUGUUGAAAGAGCCCAUCAAUUAGGAGUCGAUCAUACAUUGUACAAAAGAGAGCUUUUCAUUUUGUGCGUAAUCCUACAGCGUUGUAUGUAUUUAAAUUGGAUAUGUUUCUGUCUGUGUAUAUAAAGGGGUGAGUGUGUGUUAUUGGUAGGUGAAGUGUGCAUAUGCUGAAACCCAGUUCUACCGGCCUGAGAGCUGCAACACACCAGACAAUGUUAUCUGCAGUGAAAGUUACUUAAGGCAUUGUUGUCAAAUGUGUCUGUAGUUGGCUAAAAGAUAACAUAUCCAUUGUGGCCUUGAGGACUGAACAGCCAAAACUGAAAGUAAUAAGAAAAGUAUAUGAAAAGCUAAAAAAAAAAAAAAAAAAGACUUUAUGUAAGACUAAGUGUCGCUACCGGAUGAAUUUUUGUACGUCCAGUAAGAAUUUUUUUGUUAUUUUGUUCUGUUUCAUUCUAUGAUUCAGAAUUUUGUUUUAUAAAAAAUGAACAGAAACUGCUUUCUAGUGCCUAAAUAGUUAAACAAAUUGUUCAACAUUUUGGGAGAUGUGCUUGUUUGCUUUCUUGCCGAGAGUUGAUAAGAAGAGCUUAGACUGGAAACGGCUAGCCUGGCUCUUUCCAAAUGUAAAAAAAUCCCCUUACCUGCACCUCCGAAGCUCAAUAAUAGCUCUUUACAAAAAAGUGUUAAAGUGUUAAAACAACACUGUGGUUUUAGAUUCACAAUCAGUUUUAUCUGCUAAGUACGGACAUACAUGGAAUUUGACUCCAGUUUUAUGCAUCUCUCUCAAUGUAGUUACACAGAAAUGGAAAUAACAGCUAGGGACAAAGACAAAAAAGCUGGACAAAUAAAGGUAAAGAAUAAGUACAAAAGUAUGUGAAAAAAAACAAUAUAAUAAGAAAUAAACUAAAAUGCAAGUCAAGUGUUCUGUAAAUUGUAAACAAUACAAAUAGUGCAAAGAAAUAAAUACUGAAUGAUUUACAUGGACUGGAUGAUUAGAGUCGUAGAGUAUGUACAUGUAAAGAUGUAUACUGUAUGUACAGUGAGUAGGUGACAGAUGAUGUAUACUUUUUUUUUUUUUAAAGUGCAUUAAAGACUAAUAUUAUAAUCUAUAAAAGCAGCAGUGGAUAUUUGGUGUUGGAGGGUUAUUGACAGUGUAUGACUGAUUAAAGUGUUUAUCAGAAUGACGGCCUGUGGGAAGAAACUGUCCUUGUGUCUGGUUGGUUUUUGCAGGGUUUAUAGGCCCUGUAAAACUACAAUGUGUCAUUUUUACACUUUGGUUUUUGUGUGGAUUAUACAAACAAGAUGUUAAGAAGUGGAAAUGUGUUAGCUUUGGACAGCUGUUUCCCUCAGUCUUCGUGCUAAACUAGACUAACCAGCUGCUGGCAGUAGCUUCAUGUUUAUCAAACACAUAUGAGAGCGACAUAAAUCGUGUCAUCUAACUGUCGACGAGAAAGUAAACAAAAUAUCAAACUAUUCCUUUACAGUGCAGUACUAAAAGUUAUUUUCUGUUGCUUUGUCAUAAACUUGCCUAUUGAAAUUUACAAAUUGUAUGCUGUAUUUUUUUGUGUUUGUUUUUUUUCAUUAUUGUUUGUUUUCUUGCAUAAACUGAGGAAUUGGAGACAGAGAAGUAUUGGAAUAUAGCACACAACAACAUUUAACACCACCUGUGCCCAUUCACUUUGACUAACUAUGUAUAGAAAUUCGGAGCGAUAUAAACAGUCGGGGUUCCGCUUCUGGCUGCACACUGAGAGUUAUGAUGUAAUUCAACCGAAGUCGCUAAGGAGAUAAUGAAGGGACUGCGCCCUCUAACAUAUGUCUAAUGAAUUAUGAUCAGUGUGCAACACCUCAGACGAGAGGAGCUGCACAUUCAAGAAUAUGCUCACACGUUUUCUUCAUUUAAAACUUUUAUAUGUAGUUUUGCUACUUUACCUAUACAGUUUUAAGGGCUCAUUACAGAGUAUCUGCUCUCAUCACCAAACUACAGAUUUAUUUACUGAAAACUGGUUUUAAAUCCUCGUCAAACAAAAACACAUCUUGAAGACACAUCAUUACAAAUCACUAAAGCAAAGAGAUUGUUGGGGAUUCCCCACGCCAGAACAACUGAGACAUACAGUAUACAGUCAUACUGUACAUACAGUCCUGCUGAGGUUUCAUUUGCCUCGGGGAAGGUUGAUGUCAGUAUUGCUCAGAAUGUAUUUUUGGAGAAAUGUGUGUGGCUUAUAAUAAUCCAUGUCACUCAGUCUGUACAGAGAAUAAAUAACAAAUAUGAAGACAA